UGCUUCACAGCUACCAGCUCUAGUUUUUGUGUGUGAAAAUUCUUGCGAAAAGAUUCUGUUAAAAGUUCUUCGAUCACAAAUUCCGCGCAACGCCGUUUACCGCCUUUGUGCCGCCCCAGCGAAUUGCGUUUGGCCCGUCGUUUGCCAAUACCAAUAGGUAAAGCCGACGCAGAUUGCGAAUGCAAAGGCCGCACAAACGAAUUGUCGCGUCGCAUUACGUUUUAGUGUUGCCAACUUUUCCGGAGUGCCGGGAACAUAUUAAUUUCCUCGCCGAACGGACGCAUUGCGGCCGAGAUGUGCACGCCGCUAGAUUGAUUUGCACGCCCUGUUUAUUGGGUACACUGCGGAUAGUCCGAUCUGUGUUCUCCAGCCUCCAACUUGGGCGGAAAAGCGCCGGCGAAAGGCGGAUUCUAGCCGGAAAACGGCCAAGCUGGCAGCACUGCCAGGGCACAAAAAAUGAAGUGAAUUUCGGAAAAAGGCUAAGCUACAGGAUAAGCCAAAAGUAAAGCCUGCCGGUAGAGUGUGCAAAUGCGAGUGGCCAGCGAAGACCUUUGUUUUCCAUUCCAUGACGUUUUGUUGAGUUGUCCGCUGCUCUAAGGUGGUCAUCAUUAUCACUCACUAUCAUCAUUAUUAUCAUCAUCAACGGGGUCGUCGUCAUUCAGCCAGCCACCCACAACCACCCACCAGAAAAACGGCCUUGAGGAAACUUAACAGCACCUCAUCAUCCAAGUCUAAAUCUUCGCCUUGGUCUGGGUAUCCCAUCACAGUGUUCAGUUAUGUCAUCGACCGCCGGUAAGCGCAAGGAGAUCUAUAAAUAUCUCGCACCAUGGCCACUGUACUCCAUGAACUGGAGUGUCCGGCCGGACAAGCGAUUCCGACUCGCACUGGGCAGCUUCAUCGAGGAGUACAACAACAAGGUGCAGAUCAUCAGCCUGGACGAGGACACCAGCGAAUUUAGUGCUAAAAGCACCUUUGACCAUCCAUAUCCGACAACCAAGAUUAUGUGGAUACCGGACUCCAAAGGCGUCUAUCCGGAUCUGCUGGCAACCAGCGGCGACUAUCUGCGGGUGUGGCGUGCCGGCGAGCCGGACACACGGCUCGAAUGCGUGCUGAAUAACAACAAGAACAGCGACUUCUGCGCCCCGCUUACCUCGUUUGAUUGGAACGAGGUAGAUCCCAAUCUUGUGGGCACCUCCUCUAUAGACACCACUUGCACUAUCUGGGGACUGGAGACCGGACAGCCGCACGCCCGCGUCUAUGUGGCGGGGCACGUGAAGACGCAACUGAUUGCCCACGACAAGGAGGUCUACGACAUUGCCUUUUCGCGGGCAGGCGGUGGUCGGGACAUGUUCGCCUCGGUGGGAGCGGACGGAUCGGUGCGCAUGUUUGAUUUGCGGCAUUUGGAGCACUCGACCAUUAUCUAUGAGGAUCCUGCCCACACGGCGCUGCUGCGCUUGGCCUGGAACAAACAGGACCCGAACUAUUUAGCCACCGUUGCCAUGGACUCGUGCGAAGUUAUAAUUUUAGAUGUUCGUGUUCCUUGUACACCCGUUGCAAGACUGAGCAAUCACAGAGCGUGCGUCAACGGUAUUGCGUGGGCGCCGCAUAGUUCCUGUCACAUCUGCACUGCCGGUGAUGAUCACCAAGCACUGAUCUGGGAUAUACAACAAAUGCCACGCGCAAUAGAGGAUCCAAUUUUAGCCUAUACAGCUGCCGAGGGCGAAGUCAAUCAGAUCCAGUGGGGCGCCACACAGCCCGACUGGAUAGCCAUUUGCUACAACAAAGCGUGCGAGAUUCUGCGGGUCUAAGAGUCAAUUUUUUGGUCUGGUCCCUGGCUAUAGCACCUGUUUGCAAUUGCUGAACAACGCACAGUCAAAAAAAAAAACAGAAAAGUCAGACAAAACACACACCACCCACAAAAACACACACAUUUGCUGUUGGAAACUUGGAGGCGGAAAGGAGUGAGCUUAAGUUGAAUCGGUUCUGUCAAAACGCUUCCGCCGUUUGUUUAAUUUUAUUGUCUGCCGCGAGAGAAGGAGAAAGAAUAACUGAAAGUGAAAGAGAAAGGGCUUGGGAGAGAGCGAGAGCGAGAAAUAUAAGGGAAAACGAAGGAGACAGAGCAUGUAUUUUAGAAUUAUUAGAUUAGUUGAUUAUACAAGUAUGUAAGUCAUGUCUAUAAGGUA